AUGAGCCACGGUGGUCGACUUGUCUGCGGCUACGUUCCCGACGAAGGAUCUUCCUCUCCAACUGUCUGCGCCUUUCAGACGAACUCUGACCUCGCCUUGAUGCUGCACAAGGCAGAUAGGCAUCUCGUAUACCCUCCUGGAGGCAAGGAAGAAGUGGAUCGAAAAGACCCUAUGCUUGUAGAAGAGCGCAAAGAGGCUGCGAGGAGGGCAAAGCGCCAACAUCAAGGUGGCAGACUCGAAGAGGAGGAGGCAAAGGCCUUGAACACCAUUCCGGGCCUGAAUAUCGCCCUCUCGACUCCUGAGCUUGUGGAUCAAUGGAUCGCGGAGCGGAAGAAGAGGUGGCCGUCUGACAAGGUGGUGCAGCAGAAAAUGCGCGAAGGCUGGUCGGGCCGUCUUAGUACACAGCAGACUAUGAAGCGACAAGCUGCAGAGGCAGAUGCGAACCAGAAAAGCGACAGCAACCUCGGAGCAACGAAUCACGAAAGACCCAGAUCAAAGAUCGCCAGAGUGGGCGAGCCUCAGCAGGACUCUGGCGAGGUGGAAGAUGCAAGUUCCUCCAGUACGAACACUUCUGAUGACUCCGAUUCGGAGGACGGCUCCAGCUCGGACGCCCCAUCUGAAGAGCCCAUCGAGAAAGCAGCUCGCACCGCACCCUCCAUGGAAGACACUUCAAACCAUGCCAGCUCUGCAGCUGGCAGCAACGGUCGCUGUAACUACGGCGAUCUCUGUAGACAGUCUCACUCCCAGCUCCCAGGGCUCUCGAAGGCACAAAGCAGCUCUCAGAUAACCCCAUCUCGGCGUCCGCGUCCUCGCAACCCUGUCCAGAAUCCCUUUGAGCCAAAGAACCUCUUGCAUGCCCUCUUGAAGCAGGAUAUCGGACAGCACGUCAACGCAGUGGCUCAGGUGAUCCGCUUUAUCGUCCGCAACGACUACCUGACGCAUGUUGAACUACAACCUGGUCUGGCAGACGCACAGCAAAAGAAACGCAAUCUGAUUCAGGACGUCAGCUCAAGAGGCUACGGUGGAUUAUCAAUUGUGACCGAUGGUAACGACGAUUCGACGUCGCCUAAGCCGACGCGGUCCUUAUAUCAGCCACCUUCACCUCUUCUGCGACCUCUAAAGGAGCUAGCCUGGCCACCGGAGCCAGACCCGAUGCUCUUUCUUGAUCCUAUGAGACGCAACGACCCGAAACCGUUGACGGGCAAGCAGUUCGAGCUCCUCGCGACCGAUGAAGAACUUCGCUCUCUCCUCUCUCCUGUCACAGAUCAGCACCCGCACGGCGAGCGUCGAGCGGGACUCGAGAGAGCUCUCCGCACGCUAGACGAUCUGCCUACGGAGGAUCACCGUCGUUCGGCUUUGGAGCUCAUUCUAGGCGUAUCUGCCCAGACUCCCCAGCACGCGCACCAGCUUGGGCCUACCUUCGUCCAUGCUAAGCCUGGAGAAGCUCGAUUCAUCGGAGAGGUGGAGCUCUUCAAGCUCGGAUUGAGGUGCGGCCCAGAAGAGCAGAAUCUCAUUCAAAGGCUGGCUCAGAGAAUCAGCGAGGUAACCGAGGGACCAGAAUUCGAUGCAGAGCCUCUUGGCUGGGACCAUCAGCGCGAAGAAGGGCUGGGCAUAGAAGUCGAUUGA